CAGGACCGCGCAUGUACAGUUUCGGUUCGAUAGCGACGAGCUCGCUGCGUUUCAGCUCCUGAAAUUUUUGCGAUCGCGAACGCUCUGAGACGCGUGAGCUCUGAGCAUUCCUCCUUCCUUAACGAGUAUUCCGUGACGGGUCGUCAAAAACACGACAACGAUGUCGAGCAGCAAGUGCGUUAAGCAACCGCGCAAGGCCUACACGAAGGAGCAGUACGAGAUGUCGCACUCCGAGAAGCUGAGGCUGAUCGACGACGAGCUGAACUCCUUUUACAAGUAUUGCCAGCAGGCCGGCUUCACCGAGGAGGAGAUGGACAUCAUUUGUCAGCCGCUGGUGGCGGCGAUGCGCCGCUCAUGGCUGCAGCUGGUCUUUCGCGGCACCCUGGUGCUGAUAGUCUUGGGCACACUGGUGUGCCUGGCGGCGCAGCUCGACUUCGUCGGCACCCAUUUCACCGCCAUCAGUCGUCUAUUGUUGAUCAAAGUAUUGCCGAUUUGGAACUGGCAGCCGCUCUAUUACGAGAAUUGCAUGAUCAACAAUCCCUUCUACAACGACUACACCAUCACUGAGGAGGACUGCGUGACUUGCGAGGCACUGGAGACGAUCGAUCGUCUGUCGGACGUGCGCUAUCGUAAUCUGGUCGAGAACUAUUUGAGCCGCGACGCACCGGCUAUCAUCACCGACGCGAUGGACUCAUGGGCGGUCAUGAACACCGACUACUUCUGGUUCGACAAUAUCACCCACCUUUACCUGGAGAACGAGCGGCUGAUGGAGACGGUACCGUGCGCGCUCACGUCGAACUUGCGAACCGGCUCGUCCGACCUCGCCGCGUUCCUGAGACGCGUGCACGCGCCCGAGGUGGCUAAGUGGUUCGUCCACUGGCAGAACUGCGACAUCAACGCCGUGAAGGUGCUCAGGAAGUUCUAUCAACGACCGUACUUCCUCUCCAGCACGGUCUCGCCGGCGCAUUUCAACUGGGUGCUCAUGUCUUCGGACUACAACAGCCCGAGCUACAAGAAGGUCGAGCUCGACUCCGGCCUGAUCGCGCUCGCUCAGCUUCGCGGCGCUACUCAGCUGCGACUCACCCCCAUCAACCCCUGCAAUAGCUCGUGCCCGGAGCUGAUCGCCGACUUGCAUCAAGGCGAAAUGCUGGUCUUUACGAACGUCAUGUGGACGCUCGAGUACGCGCCGAUGCGCGGCCUGGACAACAUCGCCAUACUCACGGAAACCGUCUGGGAGGAAGACACGUAGAUUAUCUCUCCGCCACCGGAGAGGAGAUCAUCACUGUCGUUUGGUCGGCGAGCGAUUAUGCCCUUUAGCCCGUUUAAAUACACCGACACCUAUCGACAAUUAUCAAUCGAUUGUAAUACUCGUACCAUUAUAUGAUACCCACACGAAAUAAAGAUUGAGCAUUCUGGUUUC